AUUUGAUACAUCUGGCAACGGAUUAGAAUGUUGAGCCAACGACAGGACAAGCAGACUAGGGCAGCGUGGCUGUAUAGGGGCUACCCGCAGGUCGUCAUCACGGGCAUUAUUGCAUUCUGUUGUCCGGGUUUCUUCAACGCUAUCCAAGGCCUAGGUGGUGCUGGCAAUGCUAAUCCCUCUGCGAAUGAUCCGGCCAAUAUUGCACUAUAUGUCUGCUUUGCUAUAUUCGGUUACUUGGGAGGGUUCUUCUUUAAUAUUCUGGGCCCAAGAAUCCUCAUGUGUGUCGGUGGGUUGAGCUACGCAUUCUAUGCAGCGGCAGCUUAUGUGUCUGGCCAUGUUGCUGGAACUGGUUGGCUCUUCAUCCUUGCUGGUGCUGUGUGUGGUUUCGGAGCUGGUUGGCUCUGGACAGCCCAGGGUGCAUUAAUGAUGGCGUAUGCCCCUGAGAACAAGAAGGGUCAUUACAUUACAACUUUCUGGGUUAUAUUCAACCUUGGUGGCUUCAUCGGCGGCAUCUUGCAGUUUGCUCUCAAUUUCAGCGAAGGCUCUGGUGGUGCCAAUGCUGCUUCCUAUUUCGUGUUUAUUGCCAUUAUGGCGGUUGGUGGUGUCAUGGCUUUGUUCCUACUCAUGAACCCUGCUAAGGUAGUGCUGGAGGACGGCAGUAAAGCUGUGAUGGCUCAAGCCAAGGGUGCUAAGGAGGAGCUGCUGGAUGCUAUGUCUGUCAUAUUCGACAAGAAUAUGUUAUUACUCCUAUUGCUAUUCUUUGGAUCCAACUUCUUCUAUACAUACGUUUUCAAUUGCGUUAACGGUGUAUUAUUCACCAUUCGUACGAGAGGUCUCAACUCGGCUCUAUACUGGCUAGCUCAAAUGGCUGGUGCCUGGAUUAGCGGUAUAAUUCAGGAUGAUCCCAAACGAACCUUGGCUCAGCGGGCUAGGAAUGGUUUCUGGUUCAUGUGCAUCUCAUUUAACAUCACUUACGCCUUGGGGUGUUAUCUCCAGUAUGGUUACCACGGUGGCUACGACAGAUAUCACAACGUUGUUGAGCCUGAGGAUCUCAUUGAUUUGAGCGAUUAUUACUACUGGUACCCUCUCAUCGUAUAUAUACUCUAUGGGUUCAGUGAUUCUGUCGUGCAGACCUUUUCCUAUUGGAUUAUGGGUGCUAUUGCUGGCGACGACGCUGGUCUUGCCGCUCGUUAUACAGGGCUCUAUAAGGGUGUCCAGAGUGUUGGUGCAGUGAUCUCGUGGACCAUUGAUUUGCCUCAGCUUAGGGUGCCUUACUCGGCUCAGUUCUGGAUAUGCUGGGUAUUGUUCGUCAUCGGUUUACCAACAACUUAUCUCAUUAUUCGUAAGGUUGGCAAGAGUUCCGUUGAGAUAGUGGAUGCUCCAUCGCCCUCUAAUGAUGAUGGUAGCACCCCGACAAAGCUUGGCGGUAUCAACUAAGCAUAUCAUGACCGUUUGGUCGUGAUAUAAUGCAGCGGUUGCUGUUAUGAAACUUUAUGGGAACUAUUGUUCGACUGUUCUAUCCGGUUGCUCCUGGAGGAAUUUCGUGACAUCACUUAUGUUGAUUAUAGACUAUCUUAAUAUCCUCACUGGUGGUACUUCUGUGACUCCCUAAUUCCUCCCUCACAGAAACAUUCUUGCGCUCGUGUUGUUUCCUUUGAUAUUGCCGAUCACAGCGGCUGGGAUGUCGGUUCCCUCUUUUUCGGGUCAUUGGUGUUGUUGGUGGCUAGUAGUUGGGCGUCAGAGCCCCUGCGGCGUGAAUCGGUGGAUAUCCCGACGUUCCUGGUCUCACUAGAGUCUUCGUCUCUGUUAUACUUCCCUGAUUUGGGAUUAUCAUAGAGACUUCAUGGUUACGACUGUCUCGGGCUGAUAUAUAUCAUGAGUGCAGGGCUAAUUUUCUAUAUAAUAGUAAUAAGAAAUCGAUGAGCUCCGCAAGUCAAUCUCUCGACUCCGUCUUCUGGUCGUCAUCACCUACUAUUGUUACUCUUGUGUUAACUAUUGCUAUAUCGAACAACGAUAUGUUGUUAUUGAUUUCUCGGAUAAUUCCGUAACCAUCGGGUUCGCUGUCCGUUGGAUAAAAGCAAAAUACUUCUAUAGUGACUAUCGCAUCAUCGUUAUUGUGCAGGUCGUGAUACUAGUUAGUACCAUUGCUUGAUAUCUACUAUGUUUCUACUGUCCCACUGUGCAUGUCUAGUCUAGAUUGUUUCUGUCUUAUUACUUAUACUUCUCCUAUCAGAUUAUAUCUCAUUUGUUCCUCCGACGGAAUCGGUUCGAAGGUGUCGUUACCGAGUCGGAUAAAGCUAGAGGUGUAGUGUCAAACCCAACCAGGUCAUUUCCUACUGCAACUCGUAGACCAUUUCCAAUUUACUAUGUUGUCAUACUCACUCAUUCAA